UUAAUGUCGUUCUUCUCCCUGCUGAUAUUGAUUCCACUAUCCAGAGGAUGUGUACCCAAUAUAGCACUUGGGUUAAUCAAUUUGACACGCAAAAUAUUUUAUCGAAUAACAUUUUUUCCGAUCUGACUUUCUAUGAUAAUAGAGUUAAUCUAUUUGAUGAUGCACCAUAUAAAGGCUUUGAUA